UGAUAACCUUUUUAGUCUAAUAUGGGUCUCUUUUUAACAUAAUAUUCAGCUGAACAAUGGGAAUGCAGCCUAUGAUAUGUGUGAAUGCUAUAUAUUUUGGGUUACUCCAAGUUUGCAGGAUCGAAUUUAGUUUGCUAAAGUUUCUUCUUUCAGAGGUACAAGUAAGAAUUUCUUUUACUUUUCCCUAGAAGUAUGUUCGUUUCUUGUGAUUUAGUUCUUAGGCGCUUUUCCCAUUGUAUACAGAAUGAUUUGAUGUGAUCCUCUCCUCAUGUGACUCUUAAACCUUCUUGUUUCUUUUGUUGCAGACUUGGAAAACGAGGCAGAACUGCCCAACAAUGGUGGCUAUCAUUCAGUAGCAUUUUCAUAUGGGGAGACCCAUUCAUCUGACGACCACAAUAAUGUGGAUGCUGAAUGUGGUUUUCGUCCACCAUUCUCAGUGCCUGAACACAUGGUUCAGAAGCUGGUAAGUGUAAAUUCAUACUUCUAAGUGCUUUUGGAUUCUUUUAUUCUUCUAAUGUGAUUGUUUGUUUGAUACUUGUCCAGUGCGGCGGUGUGGUAGUUGUCUAAGGUGCAUAUGUUAUUCUAAGGCUUACCAUGUCUAAGUUUCAGAUGCUCGGAGCAGGAAUUGGACUUCUUCAAGGUUGUCACUCACAGGCUCCUUGUCUUCUUUUGAUGUCUUGACUCUUGACAAGGGGCCCUAAAGGUGGGAUUAGGAUGACAGAAAUAUAUUACAUUCUCAGCCUAUCAGGAAUUAUUGGGUAGAGAUGAAAUGGUUGAUAGACGACUUGUAACAGUAUGCAUAUUGAUCUUUAUUGUUAUGUGGAUAUGUACCUCAGGUGUUCCCUAGUGGGAUUCUUUAGUAAGAUGUCUGCUUUCCUGGGACUCAAGGAUUACAAUUGUCAUUGCUGACAGGAACAUGUUUUACCUUUGUGUUCUCUGCCUUUUCAGCCACCUACCGAAAAGGUACAUCAGAUCAUUGCAAGGACUGCCUUGUUUGUGCACACUCACGGGGGCCAGUCAGAAAUUGUUUUGAGGGUGAAACAAGGGGACAAUCCAACAUUUGGAUUCCUGAUGCCUGACCAUGAUCUUCAUCCAUACUUUAGGUUCCUUGUUGAUCAUCAAGACCUUAUGAAGUCUGACAUCAAAAGCAAGUCUGUGGAAGAAGAGAAUAGUUGUAGGAGCAGCCUUGAAGAGACUGGUGGGGCUUUGUCUUUGCUUGGCUCAUUAUAUGGAUCAGCAGAGGAUGAAGAAGGUGCUUCUGAGAAUGCAUUAUCACUUAAGAAAAAUGACCUCGAGGAGGCUGUUGAUCCAGAUAAAACCACAGUUUCCGCAGGAUUGCAAGAACUUGAUUCUUCUAUACUUGCUGCUGCAAGAGAUGAGAAGUCUGUCAAGCAUCAUAUUCCUUCUUUGAAAGAUGCACCUAAGGUCAUAAGAAGAAACCAUAGCAUUAGCACAGUGAAGGCAGGAACCAUUCACGGGUUCAAGAAAGAAGGUAGUUCAUCAGGCUGUGUUCCCUCCACUGUUGACAAAGUGCAGAAUUCUAGUUCAAGCAACCUCUGUAAGCCAGAACUACCAAUCGUGGAGCCUCCAUCUGAUAUGAAGAGAGUAGUCGAUAAGAUAGUUGAGUUCAUUCUCCGAAAUGGGAAAGAAUUUGAAGCAGUUCUUGUCCAGCAGGAUGCUAAACAUGGGAGAUUUCCCUUCCUUUCGCCAUCAAAUCAGUAUCACCUAUAUUACCUAAAGGCUCUUCAGAAGGCUCAAGAGCCAAAAUUAGCUGGCAAAAGCUGCAAUUCGGAGAAGAAUGGUGCCGGGGAAGAAAGUGAAUCUCUGUCUUUACCCUCUGACAUACCAUAUGAUUCAGAUAAGAAGGAAAAGUUCAAGAUGGUGAUUGGAAAGUCCAAGAGGGAAGGACAACCUGAUGCAAAUACAUCAGCUGCUUCUCAGGCACAACCUGCUGGAGUUAGUAUGGAUGCAGCCACAACAGCUGCUAUUCUUCAGGCUGCCAGAAAAGGCAUGACGUAUCCUAACCUGGAUAUCUUUUCAAAGAAUUCACAGAACUGUGAUAGUCAAGGCCGCAGCAGUGGAGAUGGUGGUGAGCCCGGUAGUUUCAAUAGCUCUCAGCCUCAUGCAUCCACUCAAAAGAUGGUUCCUCUAGCGAAGGCCAUUGCCAAGACUGCGGCUAUUGCUGCAGCAGACGAGGCUGAUUCCUCUGAAGCUGGCCUAACGAGAGAGCAAAAGCUAAAGGCUGAAAGGCUGAAACGAGCGAAGAUUUUUGCUGCAAUGAUAAAAGGUGGAGCUGCUGCUCCCUUGAAAAAUGAACCACUGCACCGUGUUCCAUCUUUAGAACCACCUGAUUCUGGUUUGUCAAGGUCAGGAGGAGCCUCGGAUGCUAAUAAUGUUGUGGAUUAUAGAGAAAGGGAUGGGAGUUUAGCUCCAAUGCAUGCUGAUAGUUCUGAGAAAAUUGAAAAGAUGGAGAAUACAAAACAACAUGCUGAAGCAUUGAUGGAUCUGCGGUCUAAGAGGAGUUACCGUCCCCGAUCUGCAAAGGAUGAAGAAGAAGAAGAAGGGGAGGAAGAAAUGAAGGAAGACGGGGAAGAACAUAAACAUUCCAGGAAGAAGAGGCGUUCCAAUGGUUCAUCACAUCAUCAUAGUAGGGACACUGGGAAGCACAAGAGAAGGCGUUCAUCUCAUCCUAAUCGUGCAAACUCUUCGGAUGAUGAAGAUGGGCACUCUAGACACAAGCACAAGGAAAGUUUAUCUUCCGAAGAUGAGCAUGCUCAAAAGCGUAGGCACUCUGAUCGCAGAAGGCACAAACACAAUGCUUCCUCAGAUGACGAGCGCAAGCGCCCUCGACAUCGUCAUCAUGAUCACAUUGACUCUUCUGGUGAUGAACGUAAGCACUCUCGACGUAAGCACAAUAAGCACAUGGACUCUGACGAUGAUAGACAUGAGCACAAACGGACGUCCAGAAGGGACAGGAGGGUUUCAAAGUCGGGGAGAGACGCGGAAAUGGAGGAAGGGGAGGUUCUUGCUAAAUCAUCCGAUCAGUCCAAAGCAAGCGAGACUCGGAAUUCAGGCAGUAGAGAAACUUCUGUGGAGCUGUCGAAAUCUGGUCGAGACAGUGCAAAGACAGCUCCGUUGCCCGAACCCGGUCAAAAAACAGACGAUGUUCCUGAUGACCUUAGAGCAAAAGUACGUGCCAUGCUUAUGGCAACCUUGUAAGCUAUCAUUUUCUAGGCAAUGUAGCUCAAGUGUACUACUCCCUUAUAAGUCUGUAAUCUCACCGUGCGGCACUCUUCCUAUCGGUGCUCCUCGUUGCCCUUGUUGGGAAGUUUGAUUUAUCAUAGUUCUCUGCAAUUAGCUUGCAGGAGUGUUUUUUUAAUGCAAGGGUUGUUUCUAAAUUAGGCGCUGCUUAAGAAAUUGAGACUGUAACAUCUAUGUUCAAGAGCAACGAUAUUACUACUGGACCGAAUCCUUGUUCACGAGUGUUGCGAAGGGCAUUUAGUGCAUGAAUUUUAUCAAUCCGGAGCAUGUCAUUAUGGCCUUUCCUUGCUCAUAGCCUCCCAUAUUGUAAUGAGUGGCAGGCAAUCUUUCUUUCUGUUAUCAAUCUCAGCCAUUAUGGAAGUUGGACAAAAGUGGUGGAGGUUCUCUUGGUGCUGUUCUCACUCAAUUGAAGGUAUGGCACCCUUCAAAUCUGCUCCUAACCAACUCUAUCUUGCAGUUGCAGGUAUGGGCAGUUGGUGGCGUUGAGAAAUGAGAACAAAAAAGAGGGGGAAGAACCCAUUUUCCUACUGUGCAGAAGCAAAGACAAAAAUAAUGCAUUCAGUUCAUC